UUUACAUCAAUUACACUUUUGGAUGUUAAAGCUAUUCAUUUUUGCUUUUCAUCGCUGAAACUUCAGUUGUUGGGGUUUAAUUUAUACCAAUCACCAAACAAUUCAAAUAAAAAUUUGAAAAAAAGCAUAACUAAUAAAUAGUUUCUGUUUUUCAUAGAUAAGGAAGAAUUAAUUUUGGUUCCUAACUUAUGUCAGUGAGGAAAUAAACAAAGCUAUAAUGGUCGAGUUGAACGUGAUGCUGAUUGGAGAUACGAGGGUGGGCAAGACUUCGUUCGUGAACACGAUUGCCAACAGGCGCGACUGGAAACGAGUCGGAGGCGACAAUGGAGAGUCCACCACUAUUGAAGUGUCGGAGUGUACGACGCAGUUGAGCGGAGGGAAGACUCUGAACAUCUACGACACUCCGGGCAUGAAUGACUCACAGUUGCGACUGUCCAACAAGGAGAUCAGGACUAAGUUAGAGUACCAUCUGAGCACUUCACUCACCACUGCUGUGGAUGCAUUCCUUGUCUUCGAAAGUCUCCGAAGUGAAGCGAUAACAAUGCGGCGAAACUUGGCAACCCUGACUCAAACAUUCGGACCACAAGUAACGCAGUCGUGCAUUGUCGUGUUGACAAAAGAACCCCAAAGCGAAGCCAGAACACGAAAUCUGCAACAGAUUUGCUCCGAUCUGAAAGUGCCGGCUGUUUUCUGGGAAAAUAGUCACGUUGAGCCAGACUCAGGUGUCUGGAAAAGCCUGGAUCCCAAUAAGUUAACAGCCCAGGUAAAUAACUUGAUAACCAAAAUUGGAACUGUGAAAAAGUACGAGCUCACAACUCUUCAGGCGCUGAAAAACGAGAUAAACACCGAAGCAAAUAGACGACGAAACGCCGAACCAACACAAUACGAGACGAAAAGCUAUACAAUCCAGGUUCCUUAUUUGGAACCAGAAGUUAGAAAUGUCACUAAGCAGAGACCGGUUAUAAAAGAUAAAUGGGAUGGCGAAGUGGGAAAAUGGAUUGGGAGAAAGAAACAAUAUGUAGUUUAUGAAAACUACACAGAGCAAGAGACUAUUUACCACGAACGGUCUCGCAACGAGACCAAAACGCAUCAAGUGGCGGUUCCGAAGAAACCUAUAGAGUACUACGUUGAUAUAGUCAAGAAAGAACGUGUUGCAGCGUUCAAGCGGCAGUUAAUGCAGUAACUAUAAAUACUGAUUGAAAACUAUUUCAAUAUUUUGAACCAACUUUUGCUUGAAAAAUUUCAAAUCAUAACUCUUAUACGAUUGAUGAUUUAAUUUUACAUGCGCUGCGCAUUGCCCGCCUUGCAUUAGUUAAUUCUCGAAUUAAAACUUAU